UUUCCGCCAUUGAUGCUGCUUGCUUCUUCGAUUCUUUUUGGCACUUAGCUUAUCAGAGUUUGUUCUUGGAUCUCAUCCCGCCAUGGAUUCGGGGCGGGAGAAUUCAGAGGCUGAAAGUUUCACGAAUCAUUUGUUGAACAAGCUGCAACUACCGCGGCAAUGAAUUUGAACAAUUUGUCGAACCGCAUUGUGGUUAUUGUUGAAUCCGAAGGUUUGGAUAUUGCUUCUCUGCCGGAAAAUCUUGAAAUUGGUAUCUGUUAUUUCCUAAUUGUUAUAGUUAUUGAGAGCUACAAUCAUGAUGGAUUCAGAAUCUGCCGACUCGUCUUCGUCAGCGCAACCUCCUCCUGCAAAGCCAACCUCCACUGCAGAGCCUAUUGUGAUAGCUUCGAAUGUCGAUUCUUCUGACAAAUCUUCUAACGCUGAGCCCUCGGUUCCAACUGGAACUGCAGGCGAUCGUCCUGCUGAAGAACCACGAGCUACAGCUGUGGAAUGUAAUGAUUCGAAUACAAGUUUGCCUGCGCCGACGCCGCCACAGGACUCCGUGGCUACGAGUCCUGCUGCUUCCACACUUUCUCGUAUUACUAGUGGCAUCGGGUUGCGUCUCUCCGCAAUGGCUUCUGGACCAGAAGAGGCUUCUCAAGGCAGUGCAACAACAGCUGGACAGGGCGGUGUUCUUGAAUCUCUGACGAAGGGCUUAGUCGACUCAUCUCGUAGUGCCGUCAAGGCGAUCCAGGUCAAAGCUCGCCAUGCUGUUUCUCAAAAUAAACGCAGAUAUCAGGAGGGAGGAUUUGAUUUGGAUAUGGCUUACAUCACUGAGAACAUAAUUGCUAUGGGGUUCCCGGCUGGUGAUUUGAGCUCUGGGCUUUUCGGGUUCUUUGAGGGGUUCUAUCGGAAUCACAUGGAGGAAGUGAUCAGAUUUUUUGAGAGUCACCACAAGGGGAAAUACAAAGUUUACAAUCUAUGUGCCGAGCGAUUGUAUGACGCUGCACGUUUCGAGGGGAAGGUGGCAUGUUUUCCAUUUGAUGACCACAAUUGCCCUCCGCUUCAACUCAUCAAAUUAUUUUGUCAAAGUGCAUACUCGUGGUUGAAGGAGGAUAUUGAAAAUGUAGUGGUAGUCCAUUGUAAAGCUGGAAUGGGCAGGACAGGUCUGAUGAUCUGUAGCCUUCUUCUAUUUCUUAAGUUCUUUCCGACUGCUGAGGAGGCCAUUGAUUACUUCAACAAGAAAAGAUGCAUAGACGGGAAGGCUUUAGUUCUCCCAAGUCAGAUUAGGUAUGUCAAAUACUUUGAGCGCAUUCAGACUUAUUUGAAUGGGGAAAUUCAGCCUGGACGGAGGUGCAUGCUUCGGGGUUUUCGGCUUCACAAAUGCCCUUAUUGGAUACGGCCUUCUAUCACCAUCUCCAAUCAUAGUGGUAGAGGAGUUCUAUUCUCAACAAAAAAGCAUCCAAAAACCAAGGAUUUGAUGCCUGAGGACUUUUGGAUCAGUGCCCGAAGGAAAGGAAUUGUUGUCUUUGCUCUGCCAGGAGAACCUGGUCUAACCGAGCUGAUUGGGGACUUCAAAAUCCACUUCCAUGACCGUCAGGGGGACUUCUACUGCUGGUUGAAUACUACGAUGACAGAGAACAGGAAAACGCUAACGGGGGAUGAACUUGAUGGCUUCGACAAGAGGAAACUUCCUUCUCCAGGAUUCGAGGUUGAGAUUGUGAUGGUAGACUACGACGGCACUUCACCAGUAACCACAAAAUCCGAUCCAGCAAGCAAGGGAUCAAACAGUGCUACCGACUCAAGUUCUGCUGCAACAGUGCAUAUAGGAGGAGCUGCUGCUGCUCCGAAGUCUUCUAAUCAAAAGAAAGCGUCAGAGAGGAAUGAUGAAGACGAUGUAUUCUCCGACAGCGAUGAAGAGGAAACCGAAGCAGCUUCAAAGAGCAAGCAAGGUCAAGCUGCUCAGCCUACUAGUCAAGCGGCUAAAUCCACUGCAGAACAAAUGAACAACUUGACUCUUGGGACGGAGCACAUGAGUCUCGCUAGUAAGGGAACUUCACAGCCAAGUGCAAGCAGCGAGCCACCCGCCAGUCAGAAACAGUCUGCAAGCGUGGAAACGCCUAGGUUGGACUCCGGGGCCAGCGAGAUCAAGGCGAUGGCUGCUGAUGCUUCGGUGUUCACUUUUGGGGACGAAGAUGAUUUUGAAAGUGAUUAAACAAUGACAAGUAGGCUCGUUCAGUUUUGGCCAGCAAGCAACCAUCUUGGUAUGGCCAGGGACUUGGAAGGUUUGAUUAGAUGCCAAUUGUAUUAAUUGUUUCUCGAACCUUAGCCCCGAAAGCACUUGUAUCAAUUUCGUAGUCUUUUGGGGUUAUUUGGAUGCAAAAGUUGCAAACUGACGAGUUUUAAAACAUUUAGGUUGUUGUAUGUUAUUUUGGCUGCAUCCCACAUUAGACCGUAAUUUAAUCGGUGCGGUCAAAUCGAACCGUCAAAAUAAGCGAAACUGCACCGCAUAUGAGACCGCAAUGUAAUAUGGAC